AAUUAUUCUGUCCUGACAACAUCCGGAUGGCUUUGCGGGUACCUGUAAUACACUGAUGAAGGAAGAUUGGUUUAUCUGUCUUGGUGUUCAGUUGGCCACACAAUGUUGAAUGGAACCAUACCAUACCUAACAUACAUGUAUGUUUGGGAAUCUAUUGACAACCUUGACAUCAACUACUGGAAAUGGGUAUUAUGGGUACUGUACCCAAUUGUCAUAUCCUUCCUGUUGCCAUUGGUCAUUCUAUUGUUUUUCUAUGGAAUGGCUUUGUUUCUACAUGUCCAUAACUAUCGACAUCGUCUGCGGGAAGCUUAUAGUCAAGACUUUUGGGAUGGAGCAAGAAAGACGGUGUCAGCCUUUUGGGAUGGUCAGGCAAGAAUUUGGCAUGGUUAUGAAAUUGAAGGCCUGGACAAGAUUCCAAAAGAAGGACCAGCACUCUUAAUAUAUUACCAUGGUACCAUACCAAUAGAUUUCUACUACAUUAUAGCUAGGUGUAUGUUGGAAAAAAAUAGACAUAUACGAGCUGUUGGGGAUAACUUCUUAUUUCACAUUCCAGGUUGGAGACUGUUGAUGGAAGUAAUGAGAGUUACACCAGGGACUAUACAGAGUUGUGUUAAUGUUCUGAAGGGAGGACAUCUUUUAGGAAUUGCUCCAGGUGGUGUAAGAGAAGCCUUAUUCGGAGAUGAAUAUUAUCCAGUAAUGUGGGGUAAUCGUAAUGGAUUUGCUAAAGUAGCUAUCCAAGCUAAUGUGCCAAUAUAUCCAGUAUUUACUCAGAAUUUACGUGAGUCUUUCAGAACGCCAAGAAUUGGAAGAAGUUGGCUGAGAAGAUUAUAUGAGAAAACUAGAUUACCAAUAGUCCCUAUUUAUGGAAUAUUUCCUGUAAAAAUGAAAACAUUUAUUGGAGAUCCUAUCUAUCCAAAAGAAAACAUGAAUCCUGAUGAGUUAGCAAAACAGGUUAAGGAGUCUGUCCAGCAGCUGAUACAUACUCAUCAAAGAAUACCAGGGAAUAUACUUAAAGCUCUGGUUGAUAGGUUAGGCUUUGAAUUUUCCAAACCGAAACAAAGUUAAAGGAACAACUGUUUUUUUGUUUUAUACUCAGGGUUUACAUGAUCUUUGUUCAACUGUAGCAUUUGUAGAUACAUGGUGCUGUAUUUGAUGAUCUUUUAUUUAAUGUGGUUUGAUGCUUUAAAAGACAAACAAGUAAAAUAUUAAUAAUUAUGUAUGUGUUGAAAGCACUGAAAACAUGUUUUCUCAUCAGGUAUUACAAUUAUUUAUUGAAAAAUUACAAUGAAAUUAAAUAGAGAUAUAUUAUUAAACAAAGAACCAAAUUGAUCAAACAAGUUUUUUAUCCUUUUAUUUUUUUUAAAGAUUUUGUAAUUCGAAUAUUUUUCACUUAUAAAAUAUGUAGUAAACUCAAAUACUGUUAAUACUGAUUUCACUGUCACUUAGCAAACAAACUAAAUGAAAUCCACAGUUCCUUGUUCACUGUUAAAUAAAUACAAUGUAUUAAGAUAUUACUCAGGCUUCAUAAUUAUGGUAGAAGAAGCAAUAACUUCGGUUGAUUGAAAAAAAUCAUGUAAAUAAAUAUGACCAUUUUAAGAAAGGAGUUAAUAUGAGGGGUUAGACUUUUCAAAUACAAAAAAAAUGAAGUAAAAACAAGGAAAAAAUUAAGUGGCAUGAUUUCAAGGUUACAUUAAAUCAGAGGUGUAAGGGUUUGUAUAAACAAGAAAUAAUGGAUUAAUGCAAAGCUAAGAUCUUAUGUGUAGAUGCUACACAGAACACACAAGUUAUUUAUUUAGAGGUGGAUAUAAUACACAGUGAGAAGAAAUAAUCAUGAUUUGAUUAGUGUAUGUGUAGAUGCUACACAGAACACACAAGUUAUUUAUUUAGAGGUGGAUAUAAUACACAGUGAGAAGUAAUAAUCAUGAUUUGAUUAGUGUAUGUGUAGAUGCUACACAGAACACACAAGUUAUUUAUUUAGAGGUGGAUAUAAUACACAGUGAGAAGUAAUAAUCAUGAUUUGAUUAGUGUAUGUGUAGAUGCUACACAGAACACACAAGUUAUUUAUUUAGAGGUGGAUAUAAUACACAGUGAGAAGUAAUAAUCAUGAUUUGAUUAGUGUAUGUGUAGAUGCUACACAGAACACACAAGUUAUUUAUUUAGAGGUGGAUAUAAUACACAGUGAGAAGUAAUAAUCAUGAUUUGAUUAGUGUUUUGAUGAAUUCUUUACAGUUUGUUAGAGAGAAAUGAGAUCAUGUUUAUUCCUAUAAUUAGACAAUCUUGACCAUGUUAAGUUUGUUUUUUUAAAUUUGAUUGUACAAGAGAUUAUGUGAUUUACAGCAAACAAGGUUUUCAAAUAUGAUGAUAUGAACCUGUUUGAUGUGAUGCUAAUCAUUUUGUGUAAUAAAUAGACAGGAUUUUUGAAAAUCACUUGUGACAAACAGACAUUUAUUUACAUUGGGCCCUAGAAGUGAUAAAUUUGAUGUAAAAAAACUAGUCUUUCGUACUACUGAUGUAAGUCUUUCAUUCAAAUUUAUAAAUUUUUGUUACCUAAAAUUAGUGCUUAUUUAUAUAUUUAUUUGUUCACACUAUUGUAAAUGUGUUUUUUUUUCUAAUCUUUAAGAAAUGCUGUUGAUAGUUUAUUAUGGGAACAAUCUGGUUGUUUUUAUUUACCAGUAUUGAUAUUUAUUAUGACAUUAGUUAUUUUGUGUAAUUUUGUGUAAUUUUGAUAUUUUGCUUAUUUGCUUUAAAUCAUGGCAUAUGAAUAUAUUUUACUUUUUGUUUUUAUUAAGUCUACUAUGAUACAUGUACAUAAUUAUCUACAUGCAUAAGUUUCAUAUGAGAUUAAGUUUAGAAUGCAAUUUAUAUGUAUCUUGUGGAGCAGGAUCUGCCUACCUUAUUGUAGCACCAGAGAUCUUCCCUGGUCUUUGGUCAGUUCAAAUUGCUUAGUCUUAAUUUGUCUAUGUUAUGUAAUGUGGACUUUUUUUGUCUAUUCCUUGUUGGGUUUUUUAAGCACCUGGCCUAGAUUAGACAGUGAGCUUUAAUCAUCACUUAUCAUCUUUGUUGUCUGUUAACAAUUACCAAAAAAUACUCUUCUGAAACUACAAGCCCAAAGUAUAAAAGCAUACUUAUAAUCAAUCAAGGGGUUUAGUUUGAAAAAUAUGUAUGAUUGAUCCCACAAUCCAACCAACAUAGCCUUCAAGGCUAAAAAAAGAACAUAAGUGAAAAAUGCAAGUAUUGCAUUUUGUUUUGAAAACCAUUAUAGAAAAGAAAAAAAUCUGAUCAAAUGCCUCUUUUUGAGGGCUCAAUCUACAAUUUGACAAAAAACGUAAUUGUCAGUCCAUUCCUAAUAAGAUUUAUUGCCUGUGAAUGAUAAUUUUUACCAACUUUAAAAAAUAAAUGAUUAGACUGUCUGAUUUUUAACCUUUUCAGAGCUUAAGGUGGUACCUAACACUACAGGAAGAUAACUCUGUAAAGUCUGCUAAACGUUUUAAUAACGUUGUGUUGUAAAGGUAAUAUUAAGCUUCUCAGUGAUCAAAAUUGGUGUUUGUCAAACUGCAAUAUAACCAGUGUAAUUUUUCUGAGAAAAUGGUUGGUUCAAAAUUUUUGAAAUUUUUAUAUUUUUGUUAAAGGGUCAAAGUAAAUACUUUGUCAAAAUUUUAUGAAAAUGAAAGAGCCAAAUUAAUUUUAGUGUAAGUGUUGGGUACCACCUUAAAUAAUAUUAGAGUGAACCUUUUAUUUGUUCAUUAUAAAAAAAUGAGAUUUAAGUCAUACAUUAUAUUUUAGUCUACAAUAAGUUGGCUAUUGUUGAAUAUGCACAUAAUAUCCAAUGAGGUAUUUAGGCUCUUAGUGCCUUUGUUUUCUAUGAUAAAGUCAAUCUUUCUCCACUUUGAUUGUCGUUUUUGUGUCUUCUGUCUCUUUUAUCAUGACAGUUUCAAUAAACUAUUGAAUCAACUGAAAUGAAAUUGAAAUAAGUAUGGAUGGUCAAAAUGGGUGGUAGGAACAGGAGUGUAUGGAGGGACAAGGAGAAAGUGCAACAAAAACAGAGAUCUAUUUUAUAAAGGUAUUCUAGUAACACCACUUGCACUAAUUGAGAUGCUUAUUUUUACCCUUGUUCAGGUCUUACAGUUGUUGUAGUUAUUUUUUUAUAAUUAGCAAUUGAUUUAUUAUUAUUGUUAAUGAUUUAAUCAGAUACAAAUGUUAUAUACUAUGAAAGUCUUGAUACGCUUAAAAUUACAGUUGUUGAAUAAAGAAAAUAUUUGUAAUCGCUUCUGAUGACUUUAAUUAUGAAGACUUUUUUAGGCUUUGCCACCACUUGGCACCAGACGGCAAAAAAACAUUAUAAAAUAAUUUGAACUAUCUUUUAUAUACAAUUUCGGUAAGACUGAAACAAACAUGUCUUGCUAGCAUUUUGAAGCAUUUUUUCAAAGUGCAAUAACAACAAAAAGAUAUUUAAAAAGAUAAUUUUUUCCAAGGUAUAAGCCAAGCUUUCUAAUGUAGAUGUUCUGAAAAGUUAAGCAAUUUAUAGAAACUUUGCUAAUGAGAACACAUUGUUAUGAUAAGAUGGAACAGUAUGUUCAAAAAGCUAUUUUAUAGAAACUUUGCUAUUGAGAAAACAUUGUUAUAAUAAAAUGGAAUAGUAUGUUCAAAUUCAUAUUAUAUAUUUUAAGUGACUCUUGAUCUCAUGAACAAGUCAAGGUUAUUUCACAUUUUCAGUUUUGUUUUGAAUAAAUAUUUUGAAAAUGCAUGUUUAUAUUCAAUUUAUGA